ACCACUGCCGGCUCAUAAUCACCCGUCACAUAAUACUCACCAAAUCUAUCACCAUAUUAAGCACAUCAUCAGUCACAUCAUAAAUCACAUACCUAAACACAUACUUUAUCACAUACUUUAUCACAUACUUUAUCACAUACUUUAUCACAUACUUUAUCCCAUACAUUAUCACAUACUUUAUCCCAUACUUUAUCACAUACUUUAUCCCAUACUUUAUCCCAUACUUUAUCACAUAAUUAAUCUCCAUGUAAUUACCGAAUCACCCGCGCCAGUCUCGUGCGACAGGUGCGCGCACCGACAUGGCUAUAGAAAUUCCCCGGGUUCAUUUGCUACAACUCACCUACAAUGGACGACUGGAUCGAGACCGGCACCGGUAACCGUAUUUCGCGGCUGGCAAUAAUCAAAGGCGCCAACCGCAUCUCCAUCCUGGAAAACUGCACCAUCAGUGAAAACUGCACCCUCAAUGGAAACGUGGCCACCCUGUCCCCUAGCCUGCCAUCAAUUGUACUUGGCAAAUAUACGUAUCUUGGCUGCCGAUGUCUUAUCGACCCGCCGCGUGCCAACCCCUCCCCGGAUGCCAGUGUCUUCACGGACGUGAAGGUCGGCAACUACACCACUUUAGGUGCGGACUCUGUCGUCAGGCUGAUCCAAGUGGGCAACCGUGUUUUGAUCGGCGCCCGCUGCGUAUUGGGAGAACUCAGUGUGAUCAACGACUGUUGCGUUAUUGAGGAUGACACUGUAGUACCAGCCAAUUCGGUGGUGCCUCCCUAUAGUCGAGUGUCGGGGGUUCCAGGAAUAGACUAUUCUGUGGUCCCGAUCAGCGCCAGCUACCGGAAGGUGCUUGAGGCCGACUCUCGUGUUCGUCAUGUAUUGAAGUAGCUGACCUAUGAACGCCUUGUGUUCU